AUGUGGAAGACUCGAUUUGAAGUGAACACAUCUAAUGAUAAUAAUUUAACUCAUCAUCGUAAUCUUUUGUCUUCAUCUACAAUAACAAAUCAUUAUUAUUCAUGGCCAUCAUCAACAAUAGCUCGUAUUCGAGAUGAUUCACUAAAUCGUGUUAUUCGUCCAUAUCCAUCAUCAUCAAUACCAAACCUUGAAAUUCUAACAGAAGAAGAUGAAGAUAUUCCAUGUUCAAAUUUAUUAAAUAAUGAUCGAACACAGUCAGUAUCUAUAAGUUUACGUAAACGAAAUUCUUAUCAAAGUGUUCUACCAACAAUAAUUGAAUCGAAUGAUCAUGAAGUAAUGAUUGGUAGUCUAUCAAAUACAAAUGUUGUAAAUGUUACUAUUAGCGAAUCGAUUCUUGAUAGAUCUAAUAAAUAUAUUAUUAAAUCCAUACCGCAAGAUUCAUUUGUAGCAACAAAUACAAAUUAUAAUCAGGUUAUGAAUGUUGAUAUCGAAAGUAAAGAACGAACGUUAAAUACAAAUAUGAAUUAUGACAUGACCGAAUGUACACUUGAUAAACAUCUUAAUGAAUUUUUACAACAAAAACCUCCAAAACUAAAUAAAGUACGUGAAAUGAUGCUCGUUUUUGCUACAUCUACUUUUCAAUGA